AUGGCUCCAUCUGAUACGAGAAGAACAGGAAGAAGACGAAGAACAAGAAGUAAAAUUCAAUACAAGACGUGCCUUCUCCAAUCAGAGAGUCCAGAGCCAUCACCACUGGAAUCGUCGUSUGCUUCUACCACCACAAGCUCAGAUAAGGUAUCGAAGAUCACCCACGACACAGACAGCAAUGGCGUCACUGAUAUGCCUAGCAGUGGCUGUUCCACUCCAAAGGCUCAAAGGUUUAGAAUACCAGAAAACCUGUCGUGUCCACCAGCUCCAAAGAAGCGGAGAGCAGCUUCACACUGUUCAUCACUGAGGCCUCCCAUCACUUUCUUUGUUCCUCCAGACUUAGAACUCUUCUUCUUCUUUGCACUUCGUGAUAUAUCAGUCUGA